UCACCACCACCCCCCUAACUAUGGGCCACCAGGCCCGUCGUGACUCUUUCACCGUUUCACGGUUCAACUAUGAUGCCGAGGCUGAGCUCGACUGGCCCUUUGGCAAGCUGAAUGGCAUCGACCAAGACGAUCUUAGGGAGACGGCCUACGAGGUUUUCUUCACGGCGUGCCGGUCUUCACCGGGUUUUGGGGGGAGGAAUACGAUAAAUUACUAUAACACGGCGGCACAAGAAAGCACAGAGGGUGGAGGUGUCGGAGGGGCAUCAUCACCAAGGACCAAUGGGGGAGGUUUGGUGGGGAUGAGUAGAGUAAAGAGGACUCUUGGGUUGAAGACGAUAAAGCGGAUGUCGCCGAAGAGGAUGGCGGCGUCGGUUGGAACGGCAAGCCCAUCAUCGCCGAGAGGGGUUAAUUCUCCCAAUAUCUCAUUAUCGGUGCCACCACCGAUGAGGCCAAGACGGCCCAUGACAUCGGCAGAGAUUAUGAGGCAACAGAUGAUGGUCUCGGAACAAAGCGACAAUCGACUCAGGAAGACGCUCAUGAGGACCCUCGUCGGCCAGGUACGUGAUAUGGGUCGAAGAGCAGAUACGAUAAUUAUUCCUCUUGAGCUUCUUCGCCAUCUAAAACCAACAGAGUUCAAUGACGCUAACGAGUAUCAGAUAUGGCAGAAGCGGCAGUUCAAGAUACUAGAAGCAGGUCUCCUUCUAUGUCCUUCUAUCCCACUUGAACGAUCCAAUUCCUACGCCAAGCGUCUCAGAGACAUCAUCAGAGCGAGCGAGACCAAAACAAUCGAUACCGGCAAGAACUCUGAGACACUACGAACUAUCUGCAAUUGUGUGAUUUCAUUAGCUUGGCGUAGUGCCAAUGGAUCAACUAAUGAUGCUUGCCAUUGGGCUGAUGGUUUCCCCCUCAACAUCCUUAUUUAUCUCUCUCUUCUCUACUCCAUUUUCGAUCACAAGGACGAAACCCUUGUCCUCGAUGAGAUUGAUGAGUUACUGGAACUCAUCAAGAAGACUUGGUCCACUCUAGGUAUCAACAAGCUCAUCCACAAUGUCUGCUUCACAUGGGUUUUAUUUCAACAAUACGUUGUCACCGCACAAACUGAACCAGACCUAUUAUGUGCUUCUCUUGCUAUGUUGGCUGAAGUGGCCAACGAUGCCAAGAGACCUGAUAGAGACAAUGUGUAUGUAAAGAUCUUGUCAUCUGUGUUGACGUCUAUGCAAGGUUGGGCACAGAAGAAGUUGCUUGAUUAUCACGAAAGUUUCCCCAAAAAUUCAUUUGGGUUGAUAGAGAAUGUUCUACCUCUAGCAUUGUCUGUUGCAAGGAUUUUGGAAGAAGAUGCGGCAAACCUCGCAGCUGUGGCUGUCCCGGAUAAAUCGAUUCUGGGUGGGGUGGAUUCGACAGGGAAUCGGGUUGAUUUUUACAUUAGAUCAUCUUUGAGGAAUGCAUUCACCAAGAUUUUGGAGAAUGUAAAUGCCAAGGCUACAGAAGUGGAAGUAGAGGCAACUGAAGCUCUCCUUCAUCUGGCUCAAGAAACAGAAGAUUUAGCAACAAAGGAGAAGGAGACCUUCAGUCCCAUUCUCAAAAGAUGGCACCCAAUUGCGGCUGGAGUUGCAGCAGUGAGCCUCCACAAUUGCUAUGGAACUGUGUUGAAGCAAUACUUGGCAGGGGUGUCCACGCUCACCAAUGAGACAAUUCUGGUGUUGCAUAGAGCUGGAAAGCUAGAGAAGGUUCUGGUUCAAAUGGUGGUUGAAGAUUCUGUGGACUGUGAAGAUGGUGGCAAAGCAGUUGUAAGGGAAAUGCUGCCCUAUGAAGUUGACUCCAUCAUCUCCAGUCUCUUAAAAACUUGGGUUAAUGAUAAGUUGAAGAAAGGGAAGGAGAGUCUUGGUAGAGCUAAAGAAACUGAGACAUGGAAUCCCAAAUCCAAAACAGAGCCAUAUGCACAAUCAGCUGUGGAGUUAAUGAGGUUAGCCAAGGAAACUGUGGAGGACUUCUUUGAUAUCCCAAUUGGCAUUUCUGAAGAUCUUCUGCAAAAUCUCUCUGAUGGCUUAGAACUUCUCUUCCGAGAAUAUACUUCCUUUGUUGCUUCAUGUGGGUCAAAGCAAAGCUAUAUCCCUACACUUCCCCCUCUAACCAGAUGCAAUAGAGGAUCAAAACUUCACCAGUUUUGGAGGAGAGCAAUGCCUUGCAAAGAUGGAUCAGAGGAUUCACAGCGAGGAAAAACCACUGAAGGUCACCAUCCACGGCCAUCCACAAGCCGAGGGACGCAACGCCUCUAUAUUAGGCUCAACACUCUUCACUACCUCCUCUCCCACAUCCACUCCUUGGACAAGACCUUCUCCCUCGCCCCUCAUGCCAAUUCAAUGCCACGCAACCGCAACCGCAACCGCAACCGCCACCACUUCCCCACAACUUCUUCUUCAUACUUGGACCUCGCACGCUCCUCCAUUCAAACAGCAACUCAACAUGUCGCAGAGGUGGCGGCUUACCGUCUCAUCUUCCUUGAUUCGAAAUGUGUCUUCUACGACAGCCUCUAUGUGGGUGAUGUUGUGAAUGCUCGCAUACGUCCUGCACUACGCAUACUCAAGCAGAAUCUAACACUCUUAGCUGCAAUCCUCACCGACCGGGCACAACCCUUGGCAGUGAAAGAAGUGAUGAGAGCCUCUUUUGAGGCCUACCUCAUGGUGCUUCUCGCCGGGGGAAGUUCUCGGAUCUUCUCCAGGGCGGAUCAUGGGAUGAUUGUGGAGGAUUUUGAGAGCCUCAAGCGUAUAUUUUGCACCUGCGGCGAGGGAGUAGUGGCAGAGAAUGUGAUGGAGAAGGAGUCAGAGACAGUGGAAGGAGUGGUGGCAUUGAUGGGUCAGUCAACAGAGCAAUUGGUGGAGGACUUCAGUAUCGUGGCUUGUGAAGCAAGUGGGUUAGGAAUGGUGACUUCAGGGCUGAAGUUGCCAAUGCCCCCAACCACAGGGAGGUGGAACAGAGCUGACCCAAAUACAAUCUUGAGGGUAUUGUGCCAUAGGAAUGACAACAUGGCUAAUCGAUUCCUGAAAAGGACAUUUCAAUUGCCAAAGAGGAGAUGAAGUCUUGUCGGGUUUGAUUUCUUGAGUGAGUUAGCACUUAGAAUCAUCAUCAUCAACGUCAACAAUGAAGGUACAAUUGUUGUUUUAACUAUUGAUUGCCAUUCCUCUCUCCCUCCCAUGUACCAAAGAAGAAAACCAGAACAAGAAAAAGUGGAGGGAGAUUCAUUUAAUGUUAUAAAACUAGUCAGCUUCUCAAUGAGGUUGGUAUCAAGAUUUCUUGUUGGGGUUCCAGAAAGCUUUGUACAAUUCAUUCUCUUAGAUUCGGUAGCACAAGGCAGAGUGUUCAUACAUCUAAAUAAUUGUUUCUUUUAUAAAACAGAUGGAAGGAAAGUUAGUUUGCCAA